UGGUCAGCAAAUUCCACCACAAAGGCCUUGAGUCCAAUUGUGCAACUCUUAGACUCUGGAAACUUGGUUCUAAGAGAUGCAAAAGAAAAAGAUCCCCAAAUCUACCUGUGGCAAAGCUUUGACUAUCCUUCUGAUACUCUUUUGCCUGGAAUGAAGAUUGGAUGGGACCUAAGAACUAGUCUUAAUCGACGUUAUAUAGCAUGGAAGAAUUGGGAUGACCCCUCUUUUGGAGACUUCACAUUAGAGCUUACACAUCACAAUUAUCCUGAAGUAAUAGCUUGGCAAGGCCCAACAAAGUAUAUGAGGAGUGGCCCUUGGAAUGGUGUCCGGUGGAGUGGUGACUCUCAUGCAUUGAAGAAUCCACUGCAUGAAUCAAAGUUUGUGUGGAAUAAGGAUGAGGUUUAUGGAACAUAUGAUGUCAAAAACAAGUCACUGAUUACAAGAUUUGUCUACAACCAAACGUUGUACUCAGCAAUGGACGUAAUGUGGAUUGAAGAUAAUCAAAGGUGGAUUACAUUUAGUUUUAUGCCAAUUGACAAUUGUGAUAGAUAUAAUCGUUGUGGCCCAAAUGGAAUUUGCAUCAUUGGUGAGACACCAAUAUGCCAGUGCAUGGCAGGAUUCCUACCAAAAUCACCCCAAAAUUGGAAUGCCAUGUACUGGACUGAAGGAUGUGUCCGCAAUAAAUCCUGGAGUUGCAAGGAAAAUAACAAGGAUUAUUUUGUGAAAUUUAGUGGGAUGAAAUUGCCAGAUACUACAUAUUCUUGGGUUAAUGCAAGUUUGACGCUUGAGGAAUGCAAAUCCAAAUGCUGGGAAAAUUGUUCUUGUACUGCUUAUGCUAAUUCAGAUAUUCGUGCAGGAGGUAGUGGUUGUGCCCUAUGGUUCCAUGAUUUAACCGAUAUAAGGCAGAUUGCUUUUGAGGACCAGGAUAUAUAUAUUCGUCUUGCCUCUGCACAAACAACUCAACAUAAUGAAGCUAAUGGAAAUAAGACAAAGGUGAUUGCCGUAAUAGUGACCACUGUGUUGGCUCUUGUAAUGCUUUUGAUCAUUUUCUUUUACAUUUACGGGCACGGAAGAAACUCUACAGCAAACAAGGAAAAAGGCUCAGAAGGAAAUAUGGAGCUGAAAACCUUGUUAGCAACAAACAAUGAAGAAGUCUAUGAAGGAAAUAUGGAGGUACAUAUUUUUGAUCUUGCAGUAAUAGCUAAUGCUACUAAUAACUUCUCAUCUAAGAUGAAGCUUGGCCAAGGUGGUUUUGGACCUGUAUACAAGGGUAUACUUCCAAAUGGACAAGAAAUUGCAGUGAAACAACUUUCACAAAACUCUCACCAAGGAUUGGUUGAAUUUAAGAAUGAAGUCAAAUUGUGUGCCAAACUUCAGCACCGCAAUCUUGUUAAGGUUCUUGGUUGUUGCAUUGAAGGAGAAGAGAAAAUGCUCAUAUAUGAAUAUAUGCCCAACAAGAGCUUAGAUUCAUUUAUUUUUGGUACUUCAAGUCAAUUUCUAGAUUGGCUCAAGCGCUUUCACAUUAUUUGUGGAAUUGCUCGAGGACUUAUGUAUCUUCAUCAAGAUUCUAGAUUAAGAAUUAUCCAUAGAGACCUUAAGUUAAGUAAUAUAUUAUUAGAUAUUGAAUUAAAUCCAAAAAUCUCAGAUUUUGGAUUGGCAAGAAUAUUUGGAGGAGAUCAAAUUGAAGAUAAUACAAGGCAAAUAGUUGGCACAUACGGUUAUAUGGCACCAGAAUAUGCAAUUAAUGGACUAUUCUCUAUCAAAUCUGACGUAUUCAGCUUUGGAGUAAUACUGUUGGAAAUGGCAUGGAGAUUGUGGAAGGAGGAAAUCCCAUUGAAAUUGAUUGACAAACAUUUGGGGAAGUCUUAUAUUGAAUCAGAGGUAUUGAGAUGCAUCCAUAUCGGUCUUCUUUGUUUGCAAUGCCAUUCUGAUGAUAGGCCAAACAUGACAUCUGUGGUUGUAAUGUUGAAUAGUGAGAGUGCCUUGCCUCAACCUAAAGAACCUGGUUUCCUUCUGGAAACCAUGCCAAUGAGGGGAGAAUUUUCUCCUAACAAUCAUGCUACUCCUUCAAGCAAUGAAAUAUCUAUCACGUUGGAAGCAAGAUAAUUACUUCUUAAUUUUGUAAUGAGCUUACCCUUUUAGGACAAGACUAGUUAGCUGCAAUAAUGAAAUAUGAUGUUGAUUCUAAA